AUGCCUGCAGCUCAUGAUGAUGAUGAGCUCCUUUUGGCCAGAAUUGGCUAUAAGCAGGAGCUCAGACGAGAAUUCUCCAGAUGGUCGACCAUUUCAUAUGCAAUCUCCAUUUUGGGAGUCCUCGGCUCAGUCCCAGCAACCUUUGGAGCUCCCUUGGCUGCCGGAGGACCCGCAACUGCAGUCUGGUGCUGGUUUCUAGGCUCUAUCAUGGCCUUCUGUAUCGGUAGCUCCGUGGCGCAGCUGGUUUCCGCCUAUCCAACGGCUGGGGGAAUGUACUUUGUUACGAAAUUCGUUGUUCCCAAGGACCAGGUGCCUAUUUUCUCCUGGAUACAGGGCUGGUGUAACCUUCUGGGGCAGACGGCUGGCGUUUCCAGUGUCGCAUACACGGUCAGCCAAAUGCUUCUUGCUGCUGCUAGUAUGAACUCUAAACUUGUGGAUGGAGACUACUACUCAUAUACACCGUACGCGAAUGCCAACGAUUGGAACAUGCAUAUACUGACCGUGAUAAGGACCGCAUGGGAUACGGUGCGCUUGUCCAUCGGGCUCUUGAUUUUCCUGGGUAUUAUCUGCUCGAUGACGACAAAGUCUCUACAUCGCAUCUUCAUCUGGUUCGCUCCGAUCAACAGUACGUCUUGGUCUGACUACAGCUUGCAUAUGCCUAACAAUCUACAGUCGCCGCGACGAUAUGUAUCUGCUUCGCACUCCUGUACAACACUCCCGACAAGCAGCCAGCUAGCUGGGUCUUCACUCAUGUUACCGAUGGAUCAGGUUGGGGAUCCAAGCUCUUUUCCUUCCUCCUCGGCUUCAUAUCCGUUGCCUGGACCAUGA